AUGUUUGCAAGCCUUGAUGGCGUCGAGCGACGGCUGCCUGAGCAGCUGCUGGCAGGCCAGCGCCAGCAAACCUCCCUCAGGCUUUGCGCCACAAGCGACCGGCCCACUGGCACUGGCUGCAACCUUGAAAAGCCUCUGGGUGCUUGCGAAGCCGUGGGCGUUGGUGGCCAACGUCGCCAGAAGGGGCUCCUGCACCAACACCUGCCUCGCAAUGUCCAACUGGUCGCUCCAGGAGCUGUACGUGAGAGCCUUGUCCAACACACCACAGGCGAAGACACUGUCUACGAAAUGGGCGACGUUGCGCCGCACAGCCUCUCCGAAAUGUGCUUCCGGUUCCCCUCGGUCCCGUGCUCGAGCAAAUGCUGA